AGCUAGAGAGAGUAGUAUGUGUAGUGCGCAUACGCAUGUGUGUAUGUGUGAGUGUGUGCGUGCGUGUAUGAGUGCGAUUGUGAUUCUAUAGACUUUUUUUUUUUUCUUUUUCUUUUUUAAUCAUAUACACUUCAGCUUCAUCGUCCAUCUGUCGUUUGGAGUAAGAUUAACAUUGAUUUUACCCAUCUGGAUUUUAAAAACGUUUUUGAGGAAGAAUGUCACUGUCGCUGAUCAAUUCAACACAAUACAGGAAUCAACAUGAGUUUGUUUGCAUGGAGCUGAACAUCUCUGAAUAGACUCAUUGACUGUUCUUAGAAAGAGCUGAUCAAUCCGGAGUUUGUGUAUCAGAUAUGAAUCUGUAAUUUGAAGAAGUGAUCUUAAACAAAGCUGAGAGCAACCAAGGAAAGACAGAAUGCUUAAGACCCUUACUAAAAAACUCAGAAGACACUCUCUAAAUGAGAUUCAUCCUUUUCAACUAAAGAUUUCCUACCAUGGCAGUGAAGAAGGGGGGGAGAGUGAAGACUCAGAAGGCGAAAACCAAGAGCUGGCACAGAUUGACAGAGAGCGUCGACGAAACUGCGCUUUGACUCCUCUAGCUACUAGCCAGCAGCACAAUCAGGCAUUCUUUCUCCCGCCCACUUACGCCGUCUCCGUUUACUCCUGGACCCAAUCUUGGACCAUCACAGUUCUGAAGAGGAGCUGGAGCGCAUCGCAGGAGCCACUGGGGCCGAGGGGGGUCGAAAGUGGCACAGACAUGGAGACAUGAGCAGCGCCUCUAGUGACGAGGAGGUGAAGGACCUGUGUGGGCCGAAUGAAUCGUCGGCUGGACCUCGCUUGAGUGCCACAUCUCCCAGCCCUGUUCUCUUCAGCUCCUCUCCUCCUCGAGCUCUCAAGCCUUCCCACACCCCAGCUCGCCUUCCUGUCCGGCCCAUCAUUCUCAGCCACUUUGAACAACCUUCCAUGCCUUACUGGCGGCACCGGCCCGCUUACACAGGGGAACCAGGUCGCCCCAGCUUGGACUUGGAGAAAAUGCAGCAGAAAAUGCUUCUAAAAAAGAACUGUGGAGGGAAAACAAGGACUAUCAAGAUUCGGAACCUGAGUGGUGGUCGUCACGCACCCCGAUACUCCUAUGAUCCAUCCAUCUUCGCUUUCCGCCCUCUGAGCAACGCUCCACCCUGCAGCCCCCUGCUCCCAGCCGAGGAACCUCCAUGUGCUUGAGGGAAAGGACUGGAAACUCGCAGAGACAAAACAUCACACAUUUGUGGACCAAAAAUUCCCAACAUAAAGACAAUGUAUGCUUGCAUUGCUUUUAUUUUGCAGGAUAUUAGUGUGAACAAAGGCCCUGUGAUAAGGCCUGUUGACAAAACAGGAAGUGUGAUCAGGGCCAGAAUGUAGGAGAGGAAUGAGGAGACGGCAACCUUUUGCCUUUAGCCGUCUCAUCCUCUCUAUCUCUCAGGAAACCCACUUAGAACUUAUUAUAAUGACAAGGCCAUGACCACUGCGCUAUCUAUAAAACCACAACCAAAUGGUUUGGUCUUUCUGAUGUGUUUAACAGGAGGAGUGAGGAGUGAUUGGUCAGUGGUUCGUAGAUAACGUCUCAUGAUUGGGCCACAUGGUUAUGUUGAGACCAUUGGAUUUGAGAGUAAAAUGUAAGACCACAUUUAGGUUGCGUUUGGUUUACACAGCAAAAUGUGAUGAGAGACAAUCAGUUUGAUGCCAGAAUGGGCCUUAAUUCAUUUUUGAUAAAGAGUUUUUUGAUCUGUAAACAGUGUAAACUGGAAAGCUAACAAUCAGAUACAAUCACAGCACAGGCCAGAUAUUCCAAGUCAUUGUUCAACAUCAGAUGUUAUGUAAGUCUGACCAUAACAAUGCAUCAGUAAUCAGAGCUGAUUAUCUGAUGUGUAUUCCAAAGUAAUUAAAUCUUAAGCGAAGAACGAGAAAAAAACAAAACACUAUACUAGAUUCUUUCAACAUCAUAUAUUAAACAUGCGCCUUACUAUGUAGCAUACUCAGCACUAUGUACUUAAAUACAAUGACUUUUACCAUCAAGUGACACUUUGACACUGUUUAAACACACCAGGUAUGAAAUCAUACACACAGUGGCUGAAUUGAAUACUAGCGUACUGCAUCCUGCAAAAUACACACUGUAUACUGUGUACUAUUUGGGAAAAAAAAAAAGAAAAAAGUUUGCAUUCAUUUCUGGGGGGAAAAAAAUAUUUUUAUUAAUCACACUGGAAAUAGAGGGUUAAGUCGAACAGUGUACUGUGAGAGAUAGUAUUUUUUCAGAAAAUGUGCAUACUGUUCACACUAUACAAACAACAUACAGCAGAAAUAGUAAGAUGAGUAUGCUAGUAUACCAUUCCAAACAUAGCCUAUGUGUUAUCCUUCUGAUGUGUAGAAAAUGAAGUACAGAACUCGACAUGUGAUCUUAAAUAUGGACAGCAGGAAUCCUAUCCAUGCAGUAUAUUUCAGAACCAAUCCUUCUGAGGAUUUUGAUUGUGGAUGUAAUGUAUUUAGCAGCAUACUUCAAUACUUUUUACUGAAUGUAAACUGCAGUUGUAACCCGUGUAAGGGUCAAUAAGCUAGGCCAACCAGAGGUGAACAAUAAGGACAAUUAUUCGUAGUUGUUGCAUAAGUUUCACCUAGGUGUUAACGUGUAUCUAUGUGAAACAAAUACAAUAUUUUUUGAAAUAUAGCUAUAGGGGCAUAUAGUGCAGUACAUGCUUGCAACAUGUGAAAAUUUGUCCUUUUCUGUCUCUAUGCCUCAAGUGAGGGGAAUAAAUAUUUCUUCCCAGUUUGUGUCGUUACUUUACUUGAAACACUCAAAUAUAUAUACAGUAUAAUAAAUUAUUUUUUAAUGGUCAUGAUAUGCAAGUAAAGAAAAAAAAA